UUGUGAGGUCAAAAUGAAUUUAGUUCCGAUAAUAUUACAUUGUGUAGUUGCUAUUGCAGCAGCCUUAAGUCCUUAUCGAUAUGGUCAAGUUAUUCCAUGUUUUAAUCCACAUCCUCCGCAUAAACCUUAUUAUUACUAUGGAUAUGGUUAUGGACUGUAUGACCGUAACGGAGCUGCAAAUCCUUAUCGAUACAGUCAACAUAAUCCAUGUUAUCCUCCACAUCCUCCGCAUAAACCCUAUGACUACUAUGACCUGUAUGACCCGUACGGUGGACCACAUCCUCCGCAUAAACCUUAUGACUACUAUGACCUGUAUGACCCGUACGGUGGACCACAUAAACCGCAUAAGCCGCAUAAGCCUUAUGAUUACUAUGACCAGUAUAGUUGGUACGGUAAACCGGGUAAACCAGAUAAACCGCAUAAACCAGAUAAACCGCAUAAACCUUAUGAUUAUUAUGACCAGUACAGCUGGUACGGUAAACCAGAUAAACCUUAUGAUUACUAUGACCAGUAUAGCUGGUACGGUAAACCGGGUAAACCAGAUAAACCGCAUAAACCAGAUAAACCGCAUAAACCUUAUGAUUAUUAUGACCAGUACAGCUGGUACGGUAAACCAGAUAAACCUUAUGAUUAUUAUGACCAGUACAGCUGGUACGGUAAACCGGGUAAACCAGAUAAACCGCAUAAACCAGAUAAACCGCAUAAACCUUAUGAUUAUUAUGACCAGUACAGCUGGUAUGGUAAACCGGGUAAACCAGAUAAACCGCAUAAACCAGAUAAACCGCAUAAACCUUAUGAUUAUUAUGACCAGUACAGCUGGUACGGUAAACCAGAUAAACCUUAUUAUUAUUAUGACCAGUAUAGCUGGUACGGUAAACCACAUCCUCCGCAUAAACUUCAUUCUUGGUAUGGCGGGAAUGGUUUACGCAUUUUUAGGCGUCGUCCACAUCAUCCACAUGAUCUAUAUCGUUACGAUUACCCUGACCGGUUUGAUCUCCGUUAUUAUCGACGACGCUACCCCAAUCGACGACGUGACUUUUAUGAACGACGUCGAGGCUUUUAUAAUCAACGGUAUGACUUGCAUAACCGAAUACGUGUCUUACAAGAUCGACGAUUACGCUUAUAUAAGAGAGAACACGACUUAAUUAAUCGACUAUGUGACUUACAUCAUCGACGACUUGAGCAAGAUCGACGACGUGUCUUUUAUGGUCGACGACGUAGCUUUUAUAAUCGACGACGUAGCUUUUAUAAUCGACGACGUAGCUUUUAUAAUCGACGACGUUACUUAUACAGUAGACGUAAUCACCCAUCCCGUAGACGUCACCCAUCCCGUAGACGUCACCCACAUCAUCAUCAUGGGCAUGGUCAUAGUCAUAGAGAUAAUAGAUAUAGAGUUCCACUUAUGCCUUGAUAAGGUGUAUAUGUUGGACGAGGGUCAUACCACGAAAACGACCUCUGAACACCGUCCUUCAUUAUUAAAAUUCAAUUUUACUACCAUAACCUACCCCAGCUGACACGGAAAGACUAUUGCAAACUACAAGUUACUAGGGUAAGUGUGCCAAAUUUCGGCAUAGUUGCAUGCAAGCGCCAAAGUCUUAAGUUUGAAAUGUAAUAUUUUUAAAACAAAUUGAUUUUUUUAUUUCUUCUUCUGAAAGAGUGUUGCUUGGAACCUUGUAAAAAGUUUACCGUCUUUAUUUACUCUAAAAUCAUUCUUAAUUUAUUUUAAAAUGAAUAAAAAUGUAGACAUAGCUUUGGUUUCCUAUUUCGGCCACCCUAAUUCUCAUAGUUCCUUGCCCUUUGGGAAUUCCUCCAAAUGUCCUUUUCACGUCAUCUCGUUUGUUGAAGCCACAUUUUUUGUUAUUAAUUUGCAUUGUAUAAUCUCUAAAGUAAGUGAUAACUAAAAAUUCAUGUAUAUUUGAGGAACAAAAAAGGUGGCCGGAAUUGCAAGCUGGCCGAAAUUUGGCACACUUACCCUAUCUGUCAUCGUACAGCUUGGAAGUUUAUAUCAGUUAUAAUAGAUCUGUGAAACAAUGCAUAACUUAAUAUUAUACUUUUAUGAAAAUUUUGGUGGCUGAAAUAUAUAUGUAACUGAAAAUUAAUUUAGAGUUCGAACAAUAAAACUUCUCGAAUG